CACCGGAAACACACACCCGGAAAUCUGAAAAACAAAAAUUUAAAAAGUUUGUAAGCAGUACCAUGGCAGAGUCAAAUGGUAGGCUCAACAUCGACAAACCUCUAUGGGACCAAUCCACAUUCAUAGGGAGAGUCAAGCAUUUCUUCUGGGUGACAGAUCCACGUACAAUUUUUACUAGUGACAAAAAGCUUGAUGCUGCAAGAGACCUUGUGGAGCAAUAUAGACGUGGUGAGGAACCUCCUGGUGUAAGCCGUGAAGAAAUAGUUUACGCCAAAAAACUAUUCGAAUCUGCAUUCCAUCCGGAUUCUGGCGAGCGACAGAAUGUGAUUGGUCGAAUGUCAUUCCAAGUUCCAGGGGGUAUGGCAAUUACUGGAGCCAUGUUGCAGUGGUAUAAGACCAACACUGCUGUGAUAUUCUGGCAAUGGGUCAACCAGUCUUUCAAUGCGCUUGUUAACUAUACCAAUAGAAAUGCUGCCUCUGAUAUAACAGCACAACAGAUAGGAUUGGCAUAUGUCACAGCCACUACUAGUGCCGUGGUUACUGCAAUAGGUCUCAAGAAGUUUUUGGCAAAGAGGGCUGGUCCCUUUGCUCAAAGGUUUGUACCAUUUGCUGCUGUGGCAGCUGCCAACUGUGUCAAUGUCCCCCUAAUGAGACAGAGUGAAAUCACAAAUGGUAUUAUGACCACUGAUGAGGAUGAAAAUGAAGUUGUGCCUUCAAAGUAUGCAGCAGGGAAGGGUAUAGGACAAGUUGUCUUUUCAAGAAUAACCAUGGCAGCUCCAGGAAUGUUAAUAACUCCCAUCAUAAUGAACAGGAUUGAACCAAUGAAGUUCAUGCAGCGAAUCAAGCCACUUCAUGGACCCAUACAGAUUAUGGUAGUUGGAUGUUUUCUGAUCUUCAUGACACCCACAGCAUGUGCAAUCUUCCCACAAAGAUGCCAAAUCUCAAGUGAGAAACUGAAAGUAUUGGACAAAGAAAAACUAGAAGAAAUACAGCAGAAGUUUGGAGAAAAAGUGCCAAAAACACUGUAUUUUAACAAAGGCCUUUAACAACUAUAUAGUAUUAUUCAUGUUAUUAGUUAUUAGGAAUCUGUCAAAUUAUCAUCAGUUGUGGAAGUAUUUCUGUUAAUUUUGGUAUGGUUUGCCAAUCCCCCUCCCCUAAUAUAAUGAAUUUUUAAAAUGUUGAUUUACCUUUCAAUUGAAUAUUCAAAAAAUCAACACUCAUAAUUAAUGAAAUCUUCACUUACCCCCUCCCUGUAACUGAAUUUACUACAACUGGAGCUAAUGGGACAGACACCAUCUCUUAGUUAAAUACUGCGUAAGUGGUAAUUUUAUUAAGAAGGAAAUUAAGCAAUGUUACUGGAAAUUCAAUAUUAGAUUUUGCCUCACUGUGUACACAUAUUAUAAAUGCAUUUUAAUAUGAUGUAUUUACAUGUACUUCAGGGUAUGUGUUUCCUCAGGAACGUAUAGCAAUACAAUUAAUAUUGUACUUAAAGGUUAUGUCACAUGACAUGAAAUAUGCCUGAGUUCUCCCAAUAUAGGCUGACCUUGUGAGGCUC